CCUGGUUUCACGGUUGUGGUUUGUUAACUUGAUUCGUGGAAAGAAUGAAAUACAAACUGUACUUGACACCUUUUAUGAACUCGUAUUUUACGCUAUAUUCCUGUCAAUAGGACACGAUUAGAUACAGAUUUAUGUGGUGCAAUAUACUAUACAGUUUGUUCUGUUGGUUUUUUAUCAAAACGUGCAGCGAUUGGAGUUUGCACUAUACAAUUGUGCAUAAAAUACAGGUAGUUGCUAAACAGAAAUUGCACAUUUCGAAGGUUUAAAUUUUCGUGCAAAAAUCAUUGAAAUUAUAGAAAAUCUUGGAUAAGUGAAAAUAAUGGCGAUGUCUGGACAUUCUAAAUUGACCCUUGACGAUAUUCCCGUCAUAAACAUGGGGCAAUUUCUACUGGACAGGAUGAAGACGUUCGGUGACUCUGUUGCAAUAGUCGAUGGAACUACCGAGGAAGAGACUUCAUACCGGAAGUUGGCAAUGGAGGUGGAGAGCGCCGCGAGCGGGCUGCAGGCAUUCGGCGUACAAAAGAAUGACGUCAUCUGUGUCGUCUCACCGAAUCACCCAGACUACCUCGUGGCGUUCUACGCUACCACGUUGAUUGCGGGAACGUUUCAACCAGUCAACCCAAUGUAUACAAAAGAUGACAUUGUGAAAGUAUUCAAGCAAUGUAAGUCGAAGUUUAUCAUGACCACUUCAGAACUUUUACCCAAGGUAAAAGAGGCAUCAGCAGAAUUUCCAACUAUUAAGAUAAUAAUGUUUGGGGAGUCUCCAGGCUACACCAGCUUCCGGUCCCUGUUUGACCACUCACAUGGCCCUUACGUGUCACCGGAUAUAGACCCCAAAUCAGAUGUAGCGGCCCUCAUGUCCUCUUCCGGUACAACAGGAUUCCCGAAAGCCGUCCGUAUGACACACUACUCCAUCGUGGCUAAUACCCUACAACAGAGAUGCGCCGGACUGAACACAAGCGCCGACACUUUGGUUGUAUUCCUGCCAUUCUUCCACGCUUAUGGCCUCUACUUAGUCAGCUACUACGCCCAUCAUCUUGGUGCAAGGCUCGUCGUCAUGUCAAUGUUUGAACCCGAUAAAUACCUCUACCUCAUCGAGAAAUAUAAGCCAAACCUACUCCAAGUAGUACCUCCAGUCAUGGUGUUGUUUUCCAAGUACCCGAAGGUGGCCAACUACGAUCUCUCCUCUGUAACACAAAUAAUCUGCGGAGCGGCCCCUCUCAGCAAGGAGAUUGAGGACACGGUGAAAACUAAGCUCAACAUUCAGUGUAUUCAUCAAGGUUACGGGAUGACAGAAGUAGGCGUGACUCACCUAAAUGGACGGGACAACUCCAGAUACAAAUCAGUGGGCAAACUGCUCCCGCUUGUAGAAAUGAAGAUAGUAGACGUCGAUUCAGGACGGAUCAUGGGUGUGAACGAGGAAGGUGAGAUCUGGGUAAAAGGCCCGCAACUCUCUCUUGGCUACCACGAGCUACCCGAGCAGACACGGGAACUAUUUACACCAGACGGAUGGGCAAGAACAGGUGACAUCGGGUACGAGGACGAGGACGGAUUCCUGUUUGUUGUUGACAGACUCAAGGAGCUUAUCAAGUACAAGGCAUUCCAGGUCGCCCCCGCAACGCUCGAAGACAUCCUGCUACGCCAUGACGCCAUUGCUGACGUAGGGGUCGUCGGGAUGCUGGAUGUCGACGCUGGAGAACUCCCGCGCGCGUAUGUCGUACUCAAGGCAGGACGGACAUUAACGGAACAAGAUGUGCUUACGUUUGUAGCAGACCAGGUGGCUCCCCACAUGAAGCUGCGGGGAGGGGUGGAGUUUGUACAGGAAAUCCCGCGGACCGCCUCGGGGAAGAUCCUCCGGAAGUCGCUCCGGGAACGCGCGCGGGAGUUUGCAGCGAGCAAAAGUCCGAGAAGCAACUGACAUGCCUUUUAUUAUAAGAGAUGUGACAUUAAUUCACGACCGUGGCUUUUAUAAUCGCUCAAUUCAUUCCGAGGACAUUAUAGAUAAAAUAAUGUUCAAAAUAUGGAUGACCAAGUAAUACUGGUAUCACCUUGAUGUAGAUAAAGUCUUUGAGGAAGUAUUGUGGUAGAUAUUUUUCAACAUGUUCAUUGGAAAUUUUAAUCAGUCAAAGCUUUACUUUUUUGAUAUCACCGCUUUCAAUUGAAACAAUCCAUAUAAUGGACUAAAGACCUUACAUAACGAAAGUCGAAUGACGGACUUCUCUUUGUAACCUCAGUUUGGGACAUAAAUGUGUAGGACAUUUAAAUCAUACCUAUUAAAGCUGCACUCUCACAGAUUUACCAUUUUUACAACUUUUUUUUAUUUUUUUGUCUUGGAAAGAGCAAAAUUUUGCGUAUAUAUCUGCAAACCAGUGAUAAAAGUUUGCUGACAAAAGAUCAGAUCGCAGAUUUGCAUAUUUCCGUUCAAAAAUCAAUGUUUUAUGGCUUAAACCGUUCCUAACGGUUUAAGAAAAAGGCAUAAAACAUGAAUUUUCGAACUUAUAACUAUAAAGGAGCAAAAUUUGUCAACGCGGUCAUUGAAACCACCACGCAUUAUGUUUUAGUUAUCUGGACAUGAUCAUUUUUCCACAAUUAACUGUUAAAACAUAAUUUCACUUUUAAAUCCAACGAUAUGAAUGUAUUCGUAAUAUGGCCAGUGCCUCUAGUUCAUUGUCGCAUGGUUCCUUGCCGUUUAUUUUCGAAUAUUCUGCUACUGGGCUUGACCAUGUAGUUUUCAUUGUGUUUGUUUUAUUUCUGCAUGACAUACUAUACGAGUACGUAUACGGAUGUGCGAAUAUGUACAUAAUAAUGCCUUUGAAACAAUCACGCUGUUGCCACGACGUUCAUUUUAUCUUUAUAGUUUAGCUUUGUAUCGCUUAAUGCUUAUUAUAAGUUGUAUGUUAUAUAAGGUAACCGUAUAUUUCAUGUAUUCAUGAAAAGAAAUAAAAAAAGAUUGAUAACAGUG